AUGGAGGACAGCACCACGGAACUCGAAAGACCCGGUUGCUUGAGUGUCGGUCAGCAGUCAGAAAAGGCGACACCAACCGAUGGUAGCCGCCAGAACAGUGUCGACAACGAUGGGACAUCCAAUAAUGUUGACUCGGAUUCAGAGGAUGAGGUACAGUAUUGCAGACUUGGACAAUAUCUAGUGUUUCUUAUUUUGCUAGAGUGACGAGAAUCAUAAUGUACUGUUAUGAAUAUGAUAGCUGCUACAAUGGUUUGUACUCUACUGUAAAUGUGAUACACUCCAGUUCUGUAAUGUGGAAUGCCAUUGUGACUGUGUUUUUUCUUCUUUUCACAGCCUGAACAACCUCUUAAUCAAUUUUACCCUUAUAUCCGCUGUGCUCUCUGUUGCGGAUUCCUCAUUGAUUCCACCACCAUAACAGAGUGUCUGCACACUUGUGAGUUACAAUGAUUGAGAUAAAUAUUCCUGAAAUAUGACUGCUAUCACUUCAGUCUCAUUACAUCAGUCAUACUUGCUUUGUAAUCUGUUCUCUUUUCCUCAGUUUGUAAAAGCUGCAUAGUGAAACACUUCUUCUACAGCAACAGGUGUCCCAAUUGCAGCAUUGUGGUCCACCAGACACAGCCACUGUACAAUAUAAGGUAAGCAUGCCUGCCUGAAAUCUACGAGCACACAGGCUCUUGUCUUGUUUUACAUUUGAAGACAUCGGUUCAUGCAGUUUUAUGAGAGUUGGUCAAAAACAGAGAUUUCAGACUUCAUCAAAGGUUGUUUUUCUACUUGCCAUCAUUAGUGUUAUUUAAAGAGGACAUCCCAUGAGUCUGUUUCUAUGGUUACAGUCUCCCUGCUGGGGAGUUACCUGGAACACAAAGUCCUGGUGUGACGCACAGAUACUGAUGCCUCUCUGUAGACACUACUGUUAUUAAUGUCCAAGCACACUUGUCUAUUGCACAACUCUGCUUUCUGCACAGUCCAAAGGGACACAAAUGUAAAUAUUACUAUUGUGCAAACUCAUUUGAAUGAAAACAUUGCCACGAUUAACAGAAAUGUUCACUGAAACGACGUGUGCAGAAGUCAGCUUUGCAGUAGUUUACUAUACCUCUCCCAUUGGCCCAUUAUCAAUUAAUACAAUGAGCUAUAGGCUAAUAGUCACUUAUACACUGGUAUGUAGAUACUUACUGUAUAGUGGGUGUUUUUGCAUCUCCACAGACCUGACAGACAGUUGCAAGAUAUUGUUUACAAGAUGCUGCCACAUCUGGAAGAAAGUAAGUAUCUACAAGCCUUCCAUUUCUCAGAUUUUCCCCAACUGCCUCUUGUUAAUCUUUAGUUUUGCAGUUAAAAUUAGUAUUGUCUUUACUCUUUAUGUCGUUGCAGUGGAGAGAGCAAGGAUGAUUGAUUUUUACAAACAGAGAGGACUGGAGGUGCCUAAACCAGGUAUAUAAGAUGAAUGUUGUUGCUGUUAAUUGUGUUUUUGGUAGAGAUUUGAUGCAGCUUUGUUUAUAUGAAAUGGUUUGGGUAUUUGAAGACUACCCUCUGAUUUUAGCCAUGUCUGAGUCUCUGUCUGUCUCAGUGCUGUGUGUGGAACAUUCCCCUAAUGCUACUGUAACGCUUUCUUAGUGACCUCAGUGAUGGCGUCCCCUGCGGUCCCUGUGCUGAAGAACCAGAAGCAGAGGAGGGAGUUGCUGCCCCAGUCUGUCUUCACCAUCCCUCCUGAACUGGAUGUGUCUCUGCAGCUGGAGUUUGUGGGGUGAGUCUCUCCCUAGCAUCUUCUAUUUGAGUGAUUGAGGGGUAUUUCCUGAGAGAUUUUGAAAUUGGAUUGUUUAUGUUUGUCUCUGGUCAUUCUUGUCUCCACCAGUAGAUGGUGCUGGAGUGCUUCCUUUGUGUGCAUAUGGACUAGGGCAGCGUUUCCCUAACUCAGUCCUGGGGACCGCAAGGGAUACACGUUUUUGUUUUUGCCCUAGCACUACACAGCUGAUUUUAAAAUAAUCAAAGCUUGAUGAUUAGUUGAUUAUUUUAAUCAGCUGUGAAGUGCUAUGGCUUAAACUAAAGCGUGCAUCCCUUGGGGUCCCCAGGACUGAGAUUGGCAAACCCUGGACUAGGGAGAACAUUUGAAGUUACAAGACUGAUGGUUAACUUUACAAAAUUGGUGGCAGGGAUUAAGAAAAUUCUAUGUAAAGUUGUGUUUUGUUUUGUUUCCAGAGCGGAAGAAGGCAUAGACAGCUAUAAGGUAAUUUACUGCUGACAAGCUAUUUUCUCAUGUUUUAACAACGGUUGUAUGAGACUGUUAAAAUAAAUAACAGCAUAACGCUGCUAUCCAGCCACUAUAUAGUAAUGGUCAUACAUAAAGAAAUGUUGAUAUUGAGUUAUAUUGGUAAAAUGAAUAAGCUCUAACACUGGUGUCCCUGGCCAGCCUUUGGAGAGGCGGUAUGUGCGAGUAUCGGGGGAUGCCACUGUCCGCCAUGUGGCGCUCUUCAUCAGGAGGAAGAUGGAGCUGAGUCCCACUUGCCAG